AUGGAUUUGCAAGAAGCGAUGAAGAAGCAGAACGACGUUGCUCUGUUCCUUGCUGGGAAAGUAAUCUCUGCCGCAGCCAAAAACUCUAACUUGGUCUUUUCUCCGGCAUCGAUCAACUCCGUUCUCACCAUGAACGCUGCUGCCACCGAUAAUGAAACACUAAAAUCCUUCAUCCUCUCCUUUCUUAAGUCUACUUCCACCGACGAGCUCAACGCCGUCUUCGGCGAAAUCGCUUCAGUCAUCCUUGUCGACGGAAGCAAAAGAGGUGGGCCAAAAAUCGCGGCGGCUAAUGGAGUGUGGAGAGAGCAAUCGCUCUCGUGUAGUUCCGAGUGGAAAGAUCUCUUUGAGAAUUUCUUCAAGGCUGAUUUUUCUCAAGUUGAUUUCCGAUCCAAGGUUAGUUUCUUAUUUGAUUUUUCUAGUUUUAAUAUAUUUUUAGCCGAAGAAGUGCGUAUGGAGGUGAAUUCUUGGGCUUCACGUCAUACCAAUGGUCUCAUCAAAAACAUUCUUCCUCAAGGAUCAGUUACAAGCGAAACUAUCUGGAUUUAUGGAAACGCAUUGUACUUCAAAGGAGCCUGGGAAGACAAAUUCCACAAGUCAAUGACGAAACGAAAGCCUUUUCACCUUGUCAAUGGCAAACAAGUACAUGUACCUUUCAUGCAAAGCUAUGAAAGACAAUAUAUUGGGGUUUACAAUGGUUUCAAGGUCCUUAGACUGCCAUACCGACAAGGCGAUAAUGAUACAAGGCGCCAGUUCACAAUGUAUUUAUAUCUCCCCGACGAGAAUGAUGGAUUGGAUAACCUUGUGGAGAAGAUGACAUCUACUGAUGGAUUCUUGGACAAUCACAUUCCGAGCUGGACAGUUGAAGUUGGUGAUUUCAGAAUUCCAAAAUUUAAGAUUGAAUUUGGGUUUAAAGCUUCUAGCGUUUUCGACUUUGAGCUUGGUGUGUCAUUAUACCAAAAAGCUUUGGUUGAAAUCGAUGAAAAAGGUACUGAAGCUGCGGCUGCUACUACAAUGGGGAAUAAUAAACUUUCCCUCGCUCGGAGGUAUACUCCUCCUCCGACAGAUUUUGUGGCAGAUCAUCCAUUUUUCUUCAUGAUUAGAGAAGACAAAACCGGAACUGUUUUGUUCGCUGGUCAAAUCUUCGAUCCUUCCGAAUCUUCCUCUGCUUAGGACCGACCUAAACCAGAUCAGACUUUGGUAUUGUUAUGAUUUGCUAUAUUAUAUUUGUAUCGUUAGAAGAACGUAAACACCUACCUGCAUGUUGGAUAACUUAUA